CGCUUUGGGUUUGUUCUUUUUUUUUAGGUUUCUUCUGGGGACAGCCCCCCCCUCGCCCUCCCCCUCCCUUCUAAAUUAUUUUCUCACCUCGCUUGAGUCUCAAAGCCUGUCCCCUGCUUGCCUGGAACAGCUGGAAUGGCCCUGGACUGAGUGAACAGGCACGGAGUGAGGCUGGGCUGGAGCCUGGAGGGAUCUCGGGCUCCAGAAGGGGCACCCUGGCCGUGCCACCUGCGAUGCUGGGAGCCAGGGACACCUAAACCCACCUCAGAUGGCUGCCCGCAGCCUGGCACCGGCACUGGGGCUCCUGCUGCUUCUCCAGGACAUCCAGACAUCCCUGCAGAUAUCAUUAACCUGUGACACACGUGGAAAUUGGUUCUAUGAUGAAACUUCACAAAGCUGCUGUUACCAGUGUCCCUCAGGCUCUGUUAACAAGAAAGCUUGUCCUCAGGACCCAUCUGCAGACUGCAUAAGGUGUGGGCCUGGGCAAUAUGUCAACACAGAAAACCUGAGGCCACGAUGUGAUGCCUGUGUCUUAUGCAAAGAAUCGGAUCUGGUGGAGAAGGAGCCCUGCUCCUUCACCUCCGGCCGCAAGUGCGAGUGCAGGCCAGGCCUGUUCUGCCAGCUCAACCACCCCUACACCUGCCACCGGUGCCAGCCCCACACCCCCUGCCAGCCUGGCUUCGGGGUCCAAGUCAGAGGCAACUCAACACAUGAUGUCACUUGUGAAGAGUGCCCUGCUGGGACCUUCUCUGACCAAAGCUCCAGCACUGACAUCUGCAGGCCCCACACGGACUGUGCCAAGUUAAACAAGGUGGCACUGAGCAAAGGAAAUGCCACACACGAUCAGGUUUGCCUGGACCAGUCGCCCACCUACCUCACCCAAAGCACUUUGCCCACGAGACUCAGCCAUGAAACAAAUCACUCUGACCUGAGGAGGCUUGAGGAGAGCCUGGUGACCACUGCUAGUGGAGAUCUUCCAAGUGCCACUACGACUGAAAACCCCAGUUCAACUCCUGAGGAGAAAGCUCUGAGUGGCACUUUUCCCACCUCAGCCAAGGGGGAGAUGACAAUGGGAGGUGUGGUGCUCUGGGCAGUGGUUCUCUGUGUGAUUGUGCUCCUCGGGGCCGUGCUGUUCUUCUGGAAGUGGAAGCUUUGCAAGAAGCGGAUCCUGGUCCUCAAAGGAAAGCCCCAUCUGCAUUCUGUCAUCGCACACAAAUACGGCCUCAAAUCGCCAGGUCCUGACCUAGGGCACAGAUGUGCAAAGAUCCUCCUGAGCCCUGAGAGUGGGCCAGAAGAGAAGGAGUUAAUUGACAGAACCCUCCCUUUGGAAACCAACAAUAACUUGGUCUCCAGUACAGAAAAAGCACCGAGUCCCCCUCGGGGUGUGGCUGAGGUGACACCCAGCAGUGGGAACAGCCCAGAUUGUCCUGUGGAUUCUCGAGUCAGAGACCACACAAACAACAGAAUUGAAAAGCUCUACAUCAUGAAGGCCGACACUGUUAUCGUGGGCUCCAUCGCAGAAGUGGCCGGUGGCAAGAACUGCCCUGGCAGAGGAUGUGAAAGUAACUCUGACACCCAGGAAAUCGUGGAAGAGGAACUGGCAAUGCACUACCCAGAGCAGGAAACAGAGUCCUUUCCAGGGAAUGAUGUCAUGGUUCCCGUGGAAGAGGAGGGAAAGGAGUUUCACCACCCCACCACUGCCACAGAGAAGUGAGAGCCCGUGGAGAUGAGGAGCUGCAGGGACAUCCAGUGCUGCACUAAGUCUGACUCUGUGACAAGGGAGGUAAACACACAGUGCCUUGGGUUAUUGGAAAACUCCUGGAAAACACCAAAACACACUCAAACAAGGAGGGCUAGAACCUCCUUCAUCUACCAAACAACAGGAUCAUCCAAACCGUUGGCCUUCGUAGCUGACAUCAAAUAUUCCUCUUUCCCUCUCUCUCCCCGUGUGAUGCUGGAAACAAAUUUGAAUCAAAGCUGCCCAAUUUAGAGGACAUCUGGACGUCAGCUGAAGUUUCCCAGCUUGCUUUCUCUGCAUGAAGGAAUGGGUUGAAAUCUAUGUCUGGUUACUUCUGUUAGUAGGGAAAAUUCUGGCUGGGAUUCCGAGGCAAGCUUGAGAUUCAGCCAUGGAUGUUGUCGAUUAGGUUGUUUUACUUUCAGUACUUCCAGUUUUGUCGCAUAUUUUGCAACAUCUGGCAUUUUCUUAAGGCCUCAACUCUUGACUGAAAGUGAUGACAACUUCAGUUUUCCCCAGCACAACCAACUCUCAGGAUUGUGGACUUUAUGUUUCUUGAGGAAAUAGGAUCAAAAGGUGCCACCCAGGCUCAGAAAACAGAAGGCAAAUAAAACUAAUUGAAGUCCACUGCACUUCAGGCCAUUCUUUCUAGGUUUUGAAGUUUGAUUCAUGUUUUUAACUACUUCAAAUCACCUCUGAGUGUAUGAAAUGGCCUCUUCUGAUGGAAACUGGUUAGUGGAUGAACUAUGGGUUUAACCCAGUGAGGAGCCUGUAAAAA